GCCGGUUGACCGACAAUAUGCUCACUGAUCAACCUCGGACAACACCAACCGAGUCAACUUUUACCACCUCUCUCUCUCCUUUACGCCGAUACAAUCUAGUCAAAACUUGUAAAUGCCGAACAAGUAUCAGACAUGCAUCACCCAGCGCUCGGUGUCAGCGUAAUAGAGCUGUGAAUUGCUCUCACGGUCGGACUAUGACAGCAAUGCAACGUUGAAAGAAGCUUUUAAUGCACCCUCACCGCAAUAAACCUAGGUUCGACGUCGAGAAAUAACGAUUCAGCGGGAUGAACGGGAAAGUGAACGAAAUGAUCGCUCUUCGGAACUUCGACGACCUGCGGUCUUUUCUAUCUUCAUCCACAUCCCUAAAGGCUCUGGAGGAAGGGUUAGAAAUAAACGAGAAUCUGACGGCAUCGUCUCUCGUUGAAUGGUUACAGGAGGAAAUAAAGUCUUCAAUUGUGGAUGGAUUGUACCGAAAGCGUUGCACAAAAUGCCUCAAUACGUUCGUCAAGAAGUACCAUGUUUUUCCGUCCUCGUUCUUUUGUGAUGAUGUCAGGCGAGAUGGAGACCAUCCGUUGGGAGGUGGUAGAUUCGCUGACGUAUACAAAGGAGUUGCAGAUAGUCAAACGGUCUGUUUGAAAGUUCUUCGCGUUCAUACGCAGCCUGACGACAAGAAAAGAAAGAAAAUGGUGGAGGAUUUUUGCCAAGAAGCUCUGAUAUGGACCCAGCUUAGCCAUCCGAAUGUUCUUCAGCUACUCGGCGUAAACACGACCCUUUUCAAAACCGACUUUUGCCUUGUUUCUCCUUGGAUGGUUAAUGGCGAUAUUAUCACUUUCUUGAAUAGGACGCCAGAUCAUGAUAGACUGCAAUCGAUACGUGAAAUAGUGGCUGGUUUAGAAUAUCUUCAUUCCCGGUCUCCGGUGAUUGUCCACGGCGAUAUCAAAGGGGCUAACAUUCUCGUCGAUGAGGACUGUAACUGUCGCUUGGCAGAUUUUGGUCUAUCAAGGGAAACACCUGGGACAACAAUGUUUGAAACGUCCACAGGAGGCAUGAAAGGUUCGCUGCGAUGGAUGGCGCCAGAGAUGUUCCAACCAUCCACUACGAGAGAUUCCAAUGAGGACCGGUCUCCUAGAGAUAUAUAUGCCUACGCAUGUACGAUCGUCGAGAUCAUGACCGGGAGGCCGCCGUUUCCAGGUCUUCUUGACGUCGUUGUUAUGACACAAGUGCUGCUCAAUCGCGCAAGGCCGGAACGACCAACUGGAGUAUGGUGUCCCGAUAAUGUCUGGGAGUUGGUUGAGAAAUGUUGGGAUCAAGACCGACUGAAACGCCCAACAGCGACUUACAUCCAUAAUUACCUGUCAGGACUGACCGAAACGGAUUCAUCUCUGGAUGCUGUUCCGCCAGUGUCUGCCAUUUCUCACCACGAGGCUUCCGUCCCAAUUUUCCCUCGUACUAUUUCACUUACUGCCCUCGAGCAGGCGAUUAAUGAAGAUAUCAUUAUUCUCAAUCCCUCUCUCAUACAGCCUAUUCUGGACGAUCCUUCCCCCAACGUCAACCCCAGAUUUACAGACAACAUACUCACCCAAAAUAAUGCUUUCCGCAAGCCAGAGUCAAGGGUCAGAAGCAGAUCCUUCACUCAAUAUUUGACUAAACUGGUACCCAAUACCACCUUGGCAACUACAUCACUUCAGACCGAUGAUGACUCGCAUUGGGAGCAAUCCUCUUUCUAUGAAAACGUCCUCGGAACUCCAACUUUAGACAAGCGACCGAGUAUCCAGCCAGGAGCGAAAUUUGUGCAGAACUAUUUCACGAAAUUAGUACCCGCGUCCAAGAGGCUGUAUUCCACUGCUGUCGCGAUCGCUAGGUCCUUCGAAGACCCUUUUGAGAAUGUCCUUAGACCUCCUCCCGACGAAACCCCAAAACAAGCUGCCGAACGGAUUGCACGGGAAGUUGAAGCCAAGAGGGUGAGCGAUGCGAUAGAUGCACAACUCAGGGGGGAAUGGAUGAGAGGACGGGACGAUGAUUUCGAAGCUUUUCUUAGACCUCCUCCUAGUGAAACUGUAGAACAAGCUACCGAAAGGGUUGAGCGGGAAGCUGAAGCCAGGAAGGUGAGCGAUGCGAUAGACGCGGAACUCAGGGCGGAGUGGAAUAGAGUACAAGAAGAACGGAAAGCGGUCAAUUCGUUGCUCUUGGUAGGACUGGCUGGCAGUGGUAAAACCACAGUGUUGAAGAACUUUAUUGCGCGCUACGAUUCCGCUACUUGGGAUACGGAAAGGAGUAUCUGGUGCACAGUCAUAAAGCUCAACGUCAUCUCUCUGUUACUCGACCUCGUUGAUUGGAUUUGUUCAGACAUUCAAGCACUGCAGACAGAUGAUGGGGAACCACACGACGACAAGUCGACAGUGCAUGGUUUCGCCUCUCGCCAUCUACUCUUGAUAAAUCCUCUCAAGCCUCUUCACCAACUAACCCCGGUUCCUGUACUCCAGCGUGCGCUUGCCGAACACGUCAGGUCCAAACACCUUUGGUUCAGCACAGGCUUUCCUGAUCCUGAUCAAGAACCUAGCGAUAUCUCUCUGGAACGAUCCAUCAUCGAAAACGCGUUCAAGACCGUUGUUGCGAACAAAGACAGCAUAAAAGCGUUAUGGGAAGAUGAGAAUGUCCAGAAGGCCUUCAAAUGUCGAACGAUUCGCGGUUCACCAGGAUUUUUCCUGGAGCAUUUGGAUCGUAUUACAUCCGCUACUUAUUUCCCCACUGACGACGAUCUUCUUCACGCGUAUCUACCUACCAGGGGACAUCAAGACUACAGAUUUCUGUUAGACGGUAAACGUAUUCUCCGAAUAACUGAUCUUGAAGGAAAUCGAGCGCAGCGUUAUCUAUUGAAGAGCAUAUUGCUGCAGGAACACUACGACACGGUCAUUUUUCUCUGUCCUAUAUGUACUUUUGACGAGGUUCUGGAAGAGGACCAUUCCGUUAACCAUCUGGAAGAGUCUAUUCUACUAUGGCGUGCAAUUUGCUCUAUCGAGACAUUGUCAGCCACGCAAUUCAUUCUCUACUUGAACAAGCAUGAUUUACUGGAACAGAAACUGAAAACUGGUGUUUCAAUCAAGAAAUACAUACCAAGUUACGCAGAACGCCCGAAUGAAAGUCCGGAUUUCGCAAAUUACGUUACUCAGCAUAUGAAGGCGGUAUUUAAGACGUUUACUCCAUUAAAGCAUAGUCGAAGUCUUCAUGUGUUUACCACUACAGCCACAGUGGGGGAUACCAUGGCUAUCAAACAGACCUUGGAAGAAACGAUAUUAGAACGUCUUCAUGACCAGAAUCUGCAGGGAUCGACAGAGCUCUUGUGAUUGGGUUCCUGCGAUUCAGUGCAGAAUGGUAGGAGAGUGCUACCUAUAACCAAAAACCAGCACUGCGCAGAUAAAUACAUUGGAACUACAUGUCAUUUUUAUAUGUAGACGUAUAUCUAGCUUCAAGAUUCAGAACGCUGUGUCUGAUUCGUG